AUGUCUACAUCUGUUCCGUCCACUCGGUCGCCGCCGAUGGUCUCGGCAGGGGAUCUCAAGAUUGCUAUGUGGACACUCAGCACCAUUUCGACUCUGUUUCUAUGCUCUCGUUUUAUUGUUAGAAUACGCUCAAAGGGAAGACUUAUGUUCAAGGACUAUUCCCUCGUGCUGGCGCUCCCGAUGCUGUUCGUUGCACUUGGGCUCCUCCACAAUAUUGUGGAUGCACUAUAUCAACUCGAGGGCUCGGUGCUUGAUCCUACUCACCAAACCGAGUUUCGAGCAUCAGGCGACCCACAACGUCUUACCACAGUCAUUGAACUAUUAUGGAUCGUCAUCUAUUGCGUCAAAUUGUGCUUCUUGACUCAAUUCAAGCUCUACAGACCCCCGUACGCGUACGUGAAUGCAAAUCUCACGAAGUUCUAUUGGGCAACAACAAUGAUUUGUACUGGCGCACUUGUAUGGACAAUCCUUGUGCCCGUUAUCCUUUGUCCCAACCCAGUCAUCUCAUUUCCUGUUUUCCUUAUCCGCUUGGCCAAAUUACCGCGUCCACAGGCACUAAUCGAUGGCGGGUUCAAAACCUUGUCCCUUUUCGCUAUGAUUGUAGCUGCGAUGCGUCUUUCAUAUCAAUACGACACGGAGACCAAACGCAUCAACUACAUCGCAGUGAUUUUCUGGCUUGUCAUAGAAGCGAACGUCGCUCUCAUCAUGGCUAGUAUCACGAGUUAUAGGAGCCUGCUCGUUGAUCACCUGAAGAAGACUGGGCGAAUAAAUAAAGUGAGGCUUUCGCAUGAACUGGAAAGUAAUCACAGUAGGCAGGCUCCAAGGUGGCGCGCAUUGACCCGCGCAGAGAUGCCUAGGCCGAUGCCAUCGCUAUCUCUACACUCAAAUGCGGUUUGA